GCUCAGUAAAGUUUUCAGGAAGCUUCACUCUGUCAAAAAAGAAACUGUCCAAAAGUUUGACAGGAAGUUUUCUGAUCGUCCAGCGGCUCGAGCCAUCGAUAGCUCAUAAUCGAUAAUCACUUUCAUUCUAGAAAUGCAGCCCAGCGCUUACGGGGCCUCUUUGGCCGGUGGUGCUUUCGAUGUGAUGAACUUUGUCAGACAGCCUCAGACCAUCCUGCGCUGCCUGAGCUGGUUGUUUUCCAUUGUUGUAUUUGCAACUAUCACAGCAGAGGGCUACAUUAACUCAGCUGAACAGCAAGAUGCCAAAUGCAUCUUUAACAGCAACGAGAGUGCCUGCAGCUACGGGGUGGGAAUCGGAGUCCUGGCCUUCCUGGCUUGCGUUGUCUUCCUUGUUCUGGACGCCUACUUCCCACAGAUCAGCAACGCCAAGGAGAGAAAAUACAUUGUCAUAGGAGAUUUAGGCUUCUCAGCCGCUUGGACAUUUCUGUGGUUCAUCUGCUUCUGUGUCUUGGCAAGCCAGUGGUCCCACACUCCCGAUCAGUCUGCUCUCCCUAGUGAUGCUGCACGGGCUAUUGUGGCCUUCUCCUUCUUCUCAAUCAUCACCUGGGCUCUCUCGUCCUACUUUGCGUAUGCACGGUAUCGUCAGGGCGUGAAUGACUUUGAGCAGGACUACAGAGACCCAGCUACCGACCACACUACUCCAUACCCACCAGCCCCUUACCCCAGUGGUCCCACAGGCUACCAGCAGUCACCUUUCUCCCACAAUCAGGAGCAACCAGGGGACUACCAACCUCCAGCUUAUUGAAGGACUGAGAUUCAAACGCAUGAAAUGAACAGGGGAGUUUUCUUUUUUUUUUUCAAGUAAAGACAUGUGCCAAUGUUUUCAUUUACAACCUGGAUGCUUCUCUGCACUCCAAUGUUCUUCCUGCAAAGGUGUUUGCAUAUUUUUGGGUGCACUGAUGCAUUUUAAGUUCGUUCCGAUGUUUUAAGUUUUGGUCGAUUUUGGCUGUUGGGUUCACAGUUGUUCACACACACACACACACACACACACACACACACACACACACACACACACACACACACACACACAGACAGCAAGUGAACUCUAAAGAUCUAAUCUUUUUAGGAGAUGUCUUGUUAAGAGUAAAGAUGACUGUGCCAUUGUUUCUUUGUACCAAAACAUUAGUAGUUCUUCCUGUGCUCCUUUAUUUAGUUUCAUUUUUGAGUGCAAUUUGAGAGCUGCUAAUGUCAAAGCACAAAUCAACAAACAGUUUAGGGAUAUUUUGUUGUCUGGAAAUCUGCUUUGCAUUGUUCAGAUGCAUAAAAAUUUUUUUAUGAAUAUGUUACUGUUAAGUACACAUUUUCUUGAAUGUCAAAUCCAUUUGCAGCAGUUUAAAACAGGAAAUCGGUCCCUUUAAAAUUUUCCUUUGUGCGUUUUUGCUCAUAAAACAAACCCACGUUAUUUAAUCUAUGGGUGCCUUGAAAAUGUUACCUCUGUAACCACUGUUACGCCAUGUUUUUGUUAAUUUUUUUAAAUCACCAACCACUGAAAAAAUGGCUUUUAUGCACUGAGGCUGGGAGCAGUUAAUUUCCUAUAUCUGAUUUAAUGUUAGUUGUGAUGGUUUAAAUCCAACAUUUUAGUUUAUUAUUUAAGGGGGUUUAUUUUUGAGGUAGCCAAACCAUUUCUGUCUGUUACCUCUGUAGAAGUCCAUGUGCCUUAUUUAGUUCAGUUUCACUUUUUAUUCUUUAACUGAUUCAUCACAUGUUUGAUUUCAGGAAUUCUGCAGUGUUGUGGAAAAUGAAAUAUUUAUUAUCCUACCUAAUCCUUUCAGUCCAGGUGCAUGACAAUCAAACCAUUGUUUUCAACAUUUCUUUUCCCCUCUUGCUUUUCCUUGUUUGUAAUCGUACCUUUUUACACAUGCUUUACAAUAUUCCCCCAUUGAAGUGCCUUAUACAGUUCUCUGUAUAACACAAGGUGUGUCAAAUAAAAACUGAUCUGGUUUUGAA